AUCGUGGGUCGAGUAGUCCGUUGUCAGUAGGUGGUACUCAGUGUUGAUCGUGGUGUCGUCGAGUGUCGCAGUGUUGUAGACGACGGUUCGAAGUGACUGUUUCCUUUUGUUCAAAUUUUGACGAUAUGAAUCUCGUGCAAGACUGGUCUCGGCGGACGGCGUUUUAGAAGGAGCAAUCGGGUGUGAGACAAGCAUCUAAAAUAAAAUUUCAAUUUUAUAUGCAGACGGAAAAGCGUCUGUUUCGUGUCUAAACGUUCUAGUUUCGGUGCAAGAAAUCAAUAUUUUCCGGCCGGCUUGGUAGUGCACGUGUGGUGCUACUACACAUAUAAUUAGAAUAAGUAGUGCGGGGUGCAAGUGCUCGGCUGUGAUUGGCGACCUCCACUUCAGUCACCAUGUCCGGUGUUAUGUUUGUUGUGCACAUACCCUCGGCGAGGUACGAAAAGGUUCUUCGCGAAAAGGUUAACGAGGAGCUGGCCAAAACCAAUCAGGCCACAGUGGAAGAUGAGAAGAAAGAUGAUAAGAGCGGUGCUGGUGGUGACGGAACGAAGCCUUUCCUAACACCACAACCUCCACGGCAUCUGCAGCAGCAAAACGAGGAACACCGGCACAGUUUAUUGGACAUUACCGACCCUCAACAAGAGCAACAGAAACAACCUACCCUGAACACACAAGGUGACGUGAUUCCAUUUAUCGAUGUCUCCGAUGCUGAUGCUGUUGAAAUCCCCAAAACACCUCUCGCGUCACAUAAGGAAUCCACCGAGGAGCCAGCUAACCCCACUGGCAAUACGUUAGGAGUUCCACUCGAUCGCUCCACUGCGCUGCGAAAAUCUUGGGAAGGCUUCAAAGACAUCAUGGGUUCUGCAAGGAGAUGCAAAGAGCUGCAGAAGGAAACUGAGAAAAUACAAUUAUCGGCAGACUCUACUCUGGCGGAAGUGAUGAAGGAAAUCCUACGACAGAAGCAGAUACGGACGUCUUCCUGGGUAGAAACGAAUAAAGGCCGCGGCCAUCAGAUUACUUUUUCUAUAGAAUCCGGCGCCCGGUGCGAUGAUGUGAUCUAUCUGUUGUGCUCUUGGGGCAUCGGCGAACGGUACGGUUCAACGAUUUCCAUCACUUCGUGUACGCUGUUCACCGAGCAACGGCAGGACGAGGAGGAUGACAAGCAAGCAAACGGCAAAGGCAGCGCCUGGAAUAGUUUUCUCACUUCGGCCCGUGCUCAACUCAACGUAGCUUCGAUCGUCGAUAACGUCAAGAACGGUGCAGUGAUCACGUUUGAUUAUGUGACCAUGUUGAUAACGGCUGCUGUCAUAGCUGCAUUCGGUCUGAUCGAAGACAGUAGUGUGAAUCUUAUCGCCAGUAUGCUUGUAUCACCGUUGAUGGGUCCAAUCCUAGCGGCAGUGUUCGGAACUGUAAUCAAAGAUAAGAACUUGCAAAUGCUAGGAAUUCGAAACGAAACCAUUGCCAUCGGAUUAGUUUUGUUGAGUGGAUUCUUCUUCGGAUUGAUCAUUAGCAGUACCGACGAGAAGUGGGGCCUUGGCGAAGGUGUUACCGCAGAAAUGUUGGCUCGCUGUCAACCGCAUUCUUUGAAAUUGGGCAUAGCAAUUGCACUACCUUCGGGGGCUGCCGUAGCCGUUGCCAUACUGGCCGAAAACGGUGGUGGACUCGUGGGUGUAGCUAUCUCGGCUUCUCUAUUGCCACCGUCCGUCAAUGCUGGUAUUUUGUGGUCUCUUUCCCUGCUGAGCUCAAUUUUUGGCAAGGCACCGGACCAACGUUAUUCCACCGUUACCCAAACGAACUUCUACUCGGAAACCCAAUCAGUAGAGCUGUUCUGUCUCGGUUGUAUGAGCUUUUGUCUUACUCUGGUCAACGUGUGCUGCAUCUAUAUCAUGGGAAUUUUCAUUCUUUGGGUGAAAGAAGUGGCUCCAAUCGUUCCGAAGGAUCAGAAACAAUUCUGGAACCACGACAUCAAGAUUGCCCGAGAUUACAACAAAACUAUGCACACGAUGGAUGGAAUGACGAUGAAUAAGCAAUUGCUUCAAGAGCUGUCUCAUUUCCGUCCACAAUCCGAAACUGACAAACAGGGCUCCGAACGGUGGUUGAAUACCAUUGGUCGGGCAGGACAAAAUACCUGGUCGCCAAGACACCACCAUCACCAGAAAGAACAUCGACCCACGAUCCAAGAGCUGGAGGCACUUUAUCUAAGUCUGUCCGCUAAUAACACAGAUACUCAAAGUCAUUACCCGCCGCAUCACGCGGCGCAUCAGUUCAUGAAAAUUCCAUCGUCCUAUCUACGUUCAUCAAAACCAUGGUCACCACCUAAAUUUUCCACAGUGGGUGAAGAAUCGGAACCCUUGUCGCCUGGGCAUACGAGUCGAACAAAACCGAUCGAUAUCGUCGGUUUCCGAAGACACCAUCGGUUUUCCGAUUCGUUCCGAGGCACUUCGGCACCCCUGUCAAAGAUCUUGGAGAAUGUCGCCAGCGCCACUGGACACAGUGCCCCCGGAGAAGGUACUUCCAAUCGCCAAAGUCAGAAGAACAAAAAUAAAUUCAUCGUCACUCCUGCCGUCGAUCCCAUCCAUAAGUAGUGCUCAAACAGGAAUGUUUACAGUGAUAAUCGUGCUCGCGUUGUAAAAAUGUGUGUGUAUAGUAUUUUACUUAUUGUUUACAGUUUAUUUUUUUUUUUUGUAUUAGUUCAUAAACAUGAUUUUCAUUUGAUACAAUAAGAAGGUAGCCAAAUGAAAGCAAAGAUUUAAUUUAUUGUCAUGUUUGCAAAUAAAAGUACAAGCUAACGAAACUGAA